CGCUUCGCCCUCCUGUCGUCUUCUUCUGUGUGUCGGCUCCGAGACUUAGCUGGCCACGAUGGGGAAGAAGUCGCGGGCGGCGCCGGUGGGGCGGCGGCCUAUCCUACAGCUCUCGCCGCCGGGGCCUCGCGGAGGCCGGGAAGAAGCCGUGCCGGGCGACGGGGACUCGGCGUCGGAAGCAGAUGACUUUGAAGUGACUGAAGAGGCUCCAAGGACAGCCCCAAACCCACCCCAGGCUAAUAUGCCUAUUGGGCCUGUAGCUGUCAAACCAACAGGUGGCUUAUGUUUGCUUGGUGCUUAUGCAGACAGCGAUGAAGAAGACAGUGAGAUGUCUGAGAAACCAGCACAGUCUGCAGAUGCAAAUGGCAAUAAUUCGACAGACAUUGACAGUACCCUGGCGAACUUCCUAGCGGAAAUAGAUGCAAUUACAGCUCCUUCCCAGCCUGCUGAGGCCACUGUUCCCACCACUGCUCCACCUCCAACUCCUCCACGCCCAGAACCUAAGGAAUCUGCCACCAGUCAGGUUUUGCCAACUGCAAAUGGGACAGACCAGGUGGCCGAGUGGCAGUACGAUACUCAGUGCUCACUGGCAGGAGUGGGAGUGGAGAUGGGAGACUGGCAGGAAGUUUGGGAUGAAAAUACAGGCUGCUAUUAUUACUGGAACACUCAAACCAAUGAGGUUACUUGGGAACUACCCCAGUACCUUGCAACACAAGUACAGGGUCUUCAACAUUACCAGCACAGUUCUGUAGCAGAGGCUGAUGAAAACUACCAGAUGGCUGCAGAUCUAACCUUACCGGGAAAAGGUGUUGCUGCUGCUGUUGUUGCUGCUGCUCCUGCUCCAAGCAGUGUUGGACGUAGGACAACUCUUGUGAAGCGUGAACUGAAGAAAGAAGUCAAUGAAGGUAUCCAGGCUCUUUCAAGCAAUGAAGAAGAGAAAAAGGGAGUGGCUGCAUCAUUGCUGGCUCCAUUACUUCCUGAGGUGGUGAAGGAGGAAGAGGAGCGCUGGAGGCGGAAGGUUAUCUGUAAGGAGGAGGUGGAGCCAUUGAUGGAAGAAGAUGUGGCAGUGGAACAAGCAGCGCCUGUUGUUGAUCAGCAGCUAGAAGGCAGCCGAGAUAUUGGGGAAGACCCUUCUCAGGAAGACCUGUGUAGUGUGGUGCAAUCAGGGGAGAGUGCAGAGGAAGAAGAGGAGCAGGAUACUCUUGAGCUGGAGAUGGUAUUGGAGAGGAAGAAGGCAGAACUGAGAGCUUUAGAAGAAGGUGAUGGGAGCAUUUCAGGCUCUAGUCCCCUUUCUGAGGGGAGUCAGUUAGACCUAACACGGCGGUUGCUACCCAAUCAAGGGAAAUGGAAGCUUUUUGGAGUUGCUAGCCCAGAAUCCAACAGUCGAGGGUCUAGUAAGACGGGGCAAGAGAGUCCUGAACCCGGAGAAACAGCAGUGAAGGAAGAACCAGAAGUGGCUGAUGAGAACUCUGAGAAUGAGCCAGACGCAGAGGAAUCGCAAGACAAAGUGAAAACACAAGGGACUUCGAAGGUAGAAGAUGAGGAGCAGGACUUAAAGUUUCAGAUUGGAGAGCUGGCCAACAUGUUGAUAAGCAAGCUGGAGUUCUUGGGCAUCAGUAGACAAUCCAUCUCUAACUUCCACAUGCUACUGUUACAGACCGAGACCCGUAUUGCAGACUGGCGGGAAGGAGCUCUCCAAGGAAACUACCUCAAACGCAAAUUGCAAGAUGCAGCUGAACAGCUAAAACAGUAUGAAAUAAACGCCGCCCCUAAAGGCUGGUCCUGCCACUGGGACAGGGAUCAUAGGCGCUAUUUCUAUGUUAACGAGCAAUCAGGCGAAUCCCAGUGGGAGUUCCCAGAUGGGGAAGAGGAAGAGGAGGGGCAAAUCCUAGAGAAUAAAGCAGAAGCUCUUCCUAAACAAGCACUGAAGGAGAAAACAGAGUCUGGAGAAUCUACUGAUAACACUGCAGGUACUGGACCUGGUUCUCUUGGUAAAGAGUCUCUUUCUAGUCAAACUGCAGCUACAUCUCUUGUGCCUCUCAGUCCGUUUUGGACAAUGCUUCAGCCUUCUGUUCCUGUACUCCAACCCCCUUUACCCUUGGAAAUGCCGCCGCCGCCGCCACCUCCGCCAGAGUCACCACCUCCCCCACCGCCACCUCCUCCACCCCCAGGAGAAGAUGGGGAAAUUCAAGAAGUAGAGAUGGAGGAUGAGGGAGACGAGGAGCCACCAGCACCAGGAACAGAGGAAGAUGCUGUUCUGAAACCUCUUCUCCGACCAGCAGUAGCUAACAGUCAAACCAGCUCUGACACCAGCAUAUCCGCACCUCUUUCAGUUAAAUCUAUAAAAAGAAAAGCUUCCGAAAUGAGUGCUGGACUGGUGCAACGAGCAGCAACCAUUGGAAGCUGUCCAGUGCUCUACGGCCAGUCAGUUAUGACUACAGGUGAGUGUCAUACCUCUAAUUCUCCUUUGCUUUUUGAUCUCCAUUGCAGAGUUUUGGAAAUAUUCCCAUUUCCCCCCUCCCCCCCUGUUGUUACAGGCCUUCAGAACCCAGGGGUGACUUUGCAACAGAGUUAUCUUGGAGUAACGCAGCCAGCACUUAUCAGCUAUUCCGAGUGUAGUGCUCCUGUUGGACUUUCUGCUGGCACUUCACAGCCGGUUCCUUCACAAGGCCCCCCGCCUGCCACUAGCACUGCAGAACAGCUGCCACUGCCGCCGCCGCCGCCACCACCGCCACUGUCGCCACCUCCACAUGCUCCCAAAGCGCUGCCUCCAGAGAAGUCAAAAAAGCUUAGGAGAGUUAGCAAGAGAAAAAAAACCAAGACAAAGAUGCCAUCUCUCGUAAAAAAGUGGCAGAGCAUUCAACGGGAACUGGAUGAGGAGGAAAACUCCAGCUCUAGUGAUGAGGAUCGGGACGUGAUGUCACAGAAGCGAAUUGAGGAAUGGAAGCAGCAGCAGUUAAUUAGCGGUAUGGCAGAGAGAAAUGCAAAUUUUGAGGCAUUGCCUGAUGACUGGCGCGCUCGACUCAAGAGGCGGAAAGCCACUUCAAGCACAUGAGAGCUUUUUUUUCUUUUUCUUUUUUUUUACCCACACAUGUACAGUUCAGAACCUUUUACUGUUGGAUAAAUUGUAACUUUUUGAGGAUACAUAUUUCAGUUUAAUGACCUGAAGGAGAAAUUGCGUGGACUUGGAAUUCCUUUUGGAGGUGUAUUUGGCAAAUAGGCCUGUGAAAUAAAAAUAGGCUUGACCACUCCUCUCUAAAGCAGCUCCUAAUCCCAGUUGAGACAAAGGUGGAAUACCAUUCUGUCCAGUUCCCUGGUGGAGCUGGUACCAAGAACUGAUUCAUGCACUUUGGCUGGUUCCAUUUUGAACUCCACAUUUUCACCUCUCCUUUCCAAGCCCAAAGGUGUUUUUCCAUUCAUCUCAAAAAUAAUUCUACAAGGUGUCCAAUUUGCAACAUUUGCAGAUUGGUGUUACAGAACAGGCCAAUGAAAGAUGCACUUUUUUCUCACAUCAGACACAGAACUGCAGGAUACGAACCCCUCAUUCCAUCCUUAUCUUUGCCAACUCCUUGGUUUUUGGCAGCAUUGUUCUUUGUUACUGCUUGCCUGACUAAAAAAAUGGACUGUUGUUUCUGCCCUUAAAUCUGUAUCAGUCCUGCCAUUUUUCUUGGGUGUUUUCACUUGUAACAUUACUCCCAGAAUAAUCCCGUUACACUUUAGGUGCUGAAACUUGCCAAUAGUUCCAUUGGUGGGGGCUGUAGCAAGCUGGGACAGAACACAGUAUGCAGCUGCCAUCAUUGAGUACUGACUGAGCAGGAUGGGAAUCCCCAUGCCUUCCCUGGUUGGCAUCCAGAGGCAGGGGGAAGAUGGCUUAGCACUGUAUCAGCACUGACUAUCCAGUAGCCUUGUGUCUACACUGGAUCCUGCUGGCCAGUGAGCAGCUGUGUGCCGGCACAGUGCUGAAUCAGCUACAUUGCAAUGUCCCUUAAGUAAAGGUAAGGAGGACCCACUUCCCCUCACUCACUACUCAGCACUCUACCCCACCUCAGUGCUGCUCGAUAGAUAUAUGUUAGAGGAGAGGGAAAACUUAAACAUUUUUCAGUACUUAGUUCUAAACCCCUCUUGUUAAGUUCCAGGAAAUGUAGGGUCUUUGUCUACGUUUGAAGCCAGGCUGAAUAUUUAUCCAACCUGUGAAUGUCUGAGUCUUCUCCCUUGUUUGCUUUUUAAAAAUCUGAAUCAAGUGGUAAUGAUUUUCUGUAAACUGAAAGAAAAGGCAGUUUAUGGUUGAACACUGUUGGUAUUUCUCCUGUUUCUGGCUUUGUAAAUUUGUACAUAGACAUUAAUAAAACCCCUUUUUAUACUUCGGAA